AUGGCGUCUACAGAAGAGUCUUUGGUUUGGACCCCAGAGCUUGAAGUCAGUUUAUUUCACUCUAUGAAGGGGCACAAGCCUGUUGGUAUAAAUCGGCAUUUCCAUAUGGCCUGUAUUCACGACAAAUUCUCAACAUCAACGGGAAAGAAAAAUAUCUCCUCUAAACAAAUAUGGGACCAUCUACAUGAACUGUACAACAUGCAGGCUCUGGAUGAACUUGAAAGUCUUCCCUUCCCAAAUGAAGAAGCAGAAUUCAGUCUCCCAGAUGAAAUCUUUGAAACAAGCAGAAAAGUAACUAAUACAUCAGAAUCCCCUGGGGCAUCAGAUGCAGCUCUGCUGAAAAUGAAACUUCAAGGAUUAGCUAACAACCCGUCCAAUGUUUCAACACCUGACUCUUCACCAAAGCGCAAGAGAACUCGUCAGGUGAACAGUGCUAGUUCUUCUCAGCCAUCAUCGCCUCAUCCUGCGCCUUCCUCUGCCAAGCGACGAAGAUAGGGUAUAGUCAUAUAUAUAUAUAUUAACAUAAAUUAUUAAGUAUCUUGGAGAGUUUUAGUGGAUUUUGAAACACCAUAUUUACCUAUUCGUAUSAAAUCAUUUAGAAAUUAAAAAAAUYAUAAUGAUAUAGUCAUUAUUAUUUAAAAUGUAACACAAGUCAGCAUCAGUUAUGCUGCCACAAAUGUCUCAAAAAGAAAAGCUACAURAUUCCACAUCUACCUGAUUCUCCUUGCUAGCAGACAAUUUUGAGUUCCUCUGAUAGAGACUAUUAAAUACGUGUUACUCCAGAUAAAUUUUAUGUUGAUAAAAUGACUGGGUGAAAUGUUUGAGACAUACAAGGUAAAGGUGGUACAUAUUAGAUGUAUGUUCACUUGAUGAACAGCCUAUGUCAGCUUGAAUAUAACAAAUUACUAACUAAUUGAUUGCAAAAAAU